UGACCUCACGAAGCAUGCAGCUGGCAUGCGGUGGCUGCGCUACAACCCAACGUCUAAGCUCGUGAAGCUAGCUUUCCUCGCUCUCAGCGACAGCAGCAUCUUCGUCUGCGGCUCCGCCCAGCACUUCCUCGGCCGUUACCUAGGCGACGCGCACAGCAUCCAGGAGGCGGAGGAACUGCCGCCAGGUGGCGCCGCGGCGUUGAGCGACCCGGGGUUCUGCAUCCGCCAGCUUGUCGGAGUCGCGUUCGGCGAUGCGGCGGUUGCCGCGGCGACGCAUCGUCAGUACGACGGCUGCGAGCGGACGUGGAGAUCUGAGCGCGCCCGCACCAACGCGAUGCAGCUGCUGGUGCUGCUGAGUGAGACGGGUGCCGUCUCCAACCUCGUUGCCCUGCGAUGUGGCGACGCGGAGGCGCUGGCGACACUCUACGACUCGGGAGACGCACGCGUCUGUGAGGCAUCGACGGGUCUCGCGGUCGCCAUGGCGACGGACGUGGCGGAGCUGCGGGAGUUAGUGCGAGGGUUACUGCGACGACGCGGGUUCACGAGGGCAGCACUGAUGCUGGCUGCAGCCACGAUGAGACGGUUCAGGCAUGGCAACACGCCAGAGUGGCAGGAGUUUCUCGACAUCAUGCUGGAACCCGUGUCCGUGAUGCUGAGGCAGCGCUCCUCCUCUGACGGUCGCCACGGCAACGACAAUGCGGACGCCCUGCUCCACAGUCUCGCUGCCGUGAAAUCCCUCGUAGCAGACAACAGCUGUCCACAGGCCACGCACCGUGUCAUCCGCCGGCCGAUGAUCGACAUGCUGAAGCGCACUCUGGUGGCAGACGCGAGCGGCCGUUCGCAUGCACCCCCUGGUGACAGAGUGACAUCCGCGGCACUCGGGGUGGUAGAAGCGACGUUGGAUGGCUCAGUUACCGUGGCGAUGGACAACGACGAGGCGGAGGAGCUGAUUGUGAUGCUGUGUGGCGCCGCCGACAACCCGCAGCUGUCCUGCCCCCUGGUGGUGCAAGUCGUGCGCAUUCUCGGGCUGACGUUGCUGGCGGUUGCGACAGAGCCAGCCGUCGCCGCGGAGUUAGAGGUGGCGCUGGAAGCAGCGGGCGACGUGCUGAACAAGCGUAGUCUGGACGUGCGUUGGGAGGUUCGUGAUUCGUGUCUCGCAUGCCUGUGUCGGCUCGCCGGCUGCGCCCCGCUCUCUGAUUGGCUGGUGCGAGGGCGUCUGCACGGCGUCUGCUACAGAGCGACGAAUGACGCGGAGAGCUACGUCCGUGCGACCGCGAUCGAGGCGACGGGCGCGCUGUUCAACGACGACGCACACAGCGGCGCCCUCUGGCGGGACUGCCACUGCGACCUGUCUAACUGA